UUUUUUUGUAAUUAAAGAAAUUAAAUUUUAAUUACUUGUCAAAAUUUAACAUGAGAUCUUGUUUUUUUGGAUAAUAUUUUAAUUAGUUAUUUUUGAUGUUAAUUAGUUAUGUGAUUAAUUAUAUAUAUAAAUAGACAUAUAUUUUGAGCAUAUAUGAAGAUAAAUUUUUUUUCUACCCUUGAAACGUACGUUUAUUUAUACAAUAAUGGGUGUAACGGAAAACGUGGGCGUGAGUCGUCAAUCCACACACGGUUAAUAAUGACGACAUAUUUGAGUGAUUAUUUUUAACUCGAGUGAAUUUUUUUUUAUUUUGAUGCGUGUGUAGAAUAAUAUUAUAACAAGAGUAAUAUUAAUAAAUAUCAAUGGCUUAAUUUAAAUCCAUUCGUGGAAUUAUAAGAAAUAAUAUUUGCAGAGUAAACAAAAUCCUAAUGCAGUGUAGAAAAAAAAUUCUAUAUUGUAAUUGUAAUUUACAAUUACUUGAAAAUAGUACAAGUAUGAAGCAGUGUGAUUCUUAUCAUGGAAGCACUAGUACACCUUUGUCACAGUGGUAUCUGAGUGAUGUUAGUUACGGGAAUUCAAAUGACGACAGUGAAGCUAUUUCAUUGGAAGGGAUUUACUUAAUUACUCAGCAAAAGUGGCAAGCUAAAACUGCGCUGCCAAUCUCCUUGAUGUCUGCUCGGUCUCAUCAUAGGAUUCGGCAGUCCUCAACGGGACUGGAUGAUGCUGGGAUGGACCUUCAAGGAACUCAGCUUGGUAUCAGUGCUGGUCAGGAGACGACUGCUGUAUCAUGGACAAACUGGAAAUUACCAUUCCCAGUUAUAGUUUGUGCAUUUGCUGGCGCUAUUCUCUUUACUUUCCUGUUCCUCUUAUGGCUCCGCAAGCAAAUGUCGAGUGAAAAGAAGUCUAGUGAUGGAGAUAGACGUGAGUUGGUGGAAAAGGGGGCUGUUGACACGUCCCCGUCCUCGUCGUCGCUGGAUAAACCUGGAAAGAGUACGCAAGAAUGGUCAAUGGAAGCCAAAUGGGUUCACCAGCCAGCCACUAAGCCAGCAUCAGUUUCUGUUCAAACUGUCAGCCCUACUGCCAAAGCCAGUUUACCCAGUGGUUUAGUUAGAAAUUUGCCAGAAGUACUGACUGUCGCGACGCCUGAAAAACGUCCCGAACCCAUUCGUAUAAAAGCCAAAGGUUCUCUGCUUGAACGACGAGGCUCAAGUGCGAGUUUGACGAUUGAGUUGGCUCCAGCGCCUGGUAGUCCGCCCCACGUCGUUACUCCAACACGUGAAUGCACUUCCGAAGAAUUUCUUUUGAGCGCUGGAAAUAUACUGUCACGCACACAGCUGAGAAAAGUUAUACGAGAUCCAUCUGCGCUGCAUAAAGAAUUUUGGGAGGUGCCGCUAAAUCUACCAGAGAAAGUUGAUAUUUUUGGAGCUGGUGUAAAGAAUAGAUAUUCUGGAGUACUGCCAAACCCUCACUCUAGGGUUGUCCUCAGAGGAUUUGAUAAUCCAGUCGCUAGUUACAUCAAUGCUAAUUACAUUAGGGGAUAUGACGGUGAGAAUAAACGCUAUAUAGCAACUCAAGGACCACUUGCCAGCACAGUUGCAGACUUUUGGCGAAUGGUGUGGACGGAAAAAGUAUCAGGAGUUGUAAUGAUGACGCGGUUGUUUGAAGCAGCUAAGGCCAAAUGUGACGUUUACUUCCCAUUGGAAAACAACAGCCGAAUUCAGGCUGGUCCGUUUACAAUUACCGUCACGUCUAUUACUAACAGAGACGGUUACAUGGUACGUGACAUAGAGCUGAGACAUGAGGGUGAGAGAAGGAAUGUCACGCACUACUGGUAUGACUCAUGGCCUGAUCACGCAGUACCUCAAGCCGCAGACUCACUAGUCAGUUUGGCGGCUGUAAUAAAUACCUUGCCCGGGCCUGUGGUCGUACACUGCAGUGCAGGAAUCGGUAGAACUGGAUGUUUUAUUGCUCUUGCUACUGGUAUGAUUCAACUUGCCCGAGAUGGUAGGGUUGAUGUCUUAGGAAUUCUCUGUCAAAUGAGGUAUGAUAGAGGAGGCAUGAUCCAGACAGCUGAGCAAUAUGAGUUUGUACACAAAGCUCUCUGUCUGUUUGAGCAGACGCUGGAUGGCAAUGAGCCAACAACCGGCGACUGAACCGUCUAGCCAAGUAGACGAUUACAAAUAAAAUAAUAAAGUUGAAGUGGCGAGUGACCUGAUUAUCAUUUAAUUGCUCGCGGAUUAUUAAGGUAAAUAUUUACGUGGGUUUAAUUAAUAUUGAUAAUAAUAACAAUAAUAAUAUUAAUAUUAAUAUUAAAUAAUAGUAAUAAUAUUAAGUAUUUACUCGCUAAAUUAAAUACUGUCACAUGUUCUCUUCUUCUUCUUGAUUUAAAAAACAAAAUGUACAAUUUAAUUUUUUUAAAAAAUUAAUGUCUAUCGUCGUUUUAAAAUAAUUAAUAACUCUGUUAUUAUUAUCUGACGAUUAUGAAUCUCGUAAUUUAUUAAGCUGCCAUUACUAUACUGCCACAAACAAAAUAUACACAACUUUAUUGUGAGAUAUAAAUUUUACUAUUGACGAUCAUUUAAAAAUGAUAAAUUGUAUACAAAUUAAAGAAAAUUAAUUAUUUUAAUUGUUAAAAUUAACAUCUUUAGCAUUAAAUAAUUAUUGGAAAUUCCGACAUGAAGACAGCUGUUUUCUUCACAAUUAUUUAUAUUUAUUUUGAAUUUAUUUAUUAACAAAGACUGAAUGCGACUAGUACAAUGUGUUUCAUCAAUAAAUCGUUAAAGAAAAGUUAAAUGGAUACGUUACUUUGUGCAAGAUAAUGGAAAUUUAAAAAAACGAUUUAUUCAAACAUCAGAUCUGAGAGCUAUAUAAAGACAUUAGUAAUUAAUAGUCGUACUAUUAAUUAUUAUAUAUUUUAAGUUUAUAAAAAUAAGUAAUAACAUUGAAUAAAUAAAAAUAUAUUUUAAAUAUUAAUUUUAAAUUAAUGAACUUGUAAUUUUUAAUUACUAAUGUCUUUACAGUGAAAAAAUGAUAAAUAUUGAACAGAGUGAGCUUUCAACUCGCUUAGAAUAUAUAAAUGUAUAAAAGAGAAAAUCUCAGAGCUAUAUAUUAUUAAAAAACUAUAAAUAUUUUAAAAAUACACAACAUAGCUGAUAAAAAUUAUAAAUUUUAUUCAAGCUGCUUAUAAAUUUCUAUUAAUUUUCUGAAAGAAAAAAAAACA